ACGAUGAACCGUCACGAUCAGCUUCUUUCAUUGCAACUUCCCCUCCACCAGACAAUCGACUGUCUGGUAAUUCGCAUUUCCUCGAGAAUACACUCUCAGCUCACUACGUCACGAUGUUGUCCGCUCGUGUCGCCGCCCGCGCUGGGCUCCGCAACUUCCAGGUUCCCCGAUCGGUUGCUGUGGGAGGAUUGAGGACUUAUGCUGCUGCUGCUCAGCAGGAUGUGCGACCUCCUGUUGCUUUGUAUGGUGUUGAUGGUACUUAUGCCAAUGCAUUGUACACCGCCUCCGCAAAGACGUCCUCGCUCGACUCAAUUGCCAAAUCCCUCUCCCAACUCGGCGAAGUCUUCAAGAAGGACGCAAAACUCACCACCAUCCUAAACGCACCCACCCUCAGCGUCAGCGACAAGCAACAAAUCAUCAAGGAAUUGCAAACCGUUGCUGGAGGCGACAAGAACGAUAUCCUCAAGAACUUUUUGUCUACUCUUGCCGAAAACAAUCGUUUGGGAUUGUUGGAGGGUGUUAUUGAGAAGUUUCAGACUUUGAUGAGUGCGCACAAGGGUGAGAUUGAGUUGAGUAUCACUAGUGCUCAGGAACUCGACACCAAGUCCAUCCAACGCAUUGAAAAGGCUGUUGCCAAGUCCGAGAUCAGCCAGGGCAAGAAACUCAAGGUCGUCACCAAGGUCAACCCUGAUGUCCUCGGCGGCCUCAUCGUCGAAGUCGGUGAUCGUACCAUCGACCUCAGCGUCUCUUCCAAGAUCAACCGUCUCAACAAAGCUCUUACCGAUGCUGUGUAAAUUACUCCUUACUUCCUCACUAUAUUAUAUUAUCCCAAACACUUUUUUUGUCUGAAUUAGAAUCAUUUGUUAAAAUACUAUUUCUUUUGUCUUUACUUUUCAUUGUUUGGUCUUUCUGAGUGACUUGUAUACAGUAGAACCUGGCUAUAACGAAUAGAAGGCCUCUCAGGGCCCUAGUCAAUAUAUCCAGAAGAUGUGGGUUCAAUUUAGGGAUGAAGGGCACUCCUAAUGUAUUAAUCUAUUUUAGUAUUAAUAGAUUGGAUGCUCCUCGGUUCC